AUGGAUAAGAAAAGAAUACCCAAAGCAGUGUCUCCCAGCCGUCAUCAGAGAAUUCACACAGGCGAGAAACCAUAUGAAUGUAAAGAAUGUGGAAAAGCUUUUAAUCGAAAAUCACACCUCAGCCGUCAUCAGAGAAUUCACACAGGUGAGAAACCAUAUGAAUGUAAAGAAUGUGGAAAAGCUUUUAUCCAAAAGUCACACCUCAGUAAGCAUGAGAGAAUUCACACAGGUGAGAAACCAUAUGAAUGUAAAGAAUGUGGAAAAGCUUUUAGGUUAAAGUCAUACCUCAGCAACCAUCAGAGAAUUCACACAGGUGAGAAACCAUAUGAAUGUAAAGAAUGUGGAAAAGCUUUUAACCAAAAGUCACACCUCAGCAUGCAUCAGAGAAUUCACAGAGGUGAGAGACCAUAUCAAUGUAAAGAAUGUGGAAAAGCUUAUAAGUUAAAGUCAAUCCUCAGCAAGCAUCAGAGAAUUCACACAAGUGAGAGACCAUAUGGAUGUAAAGAAUGUGGAAAAGCUUUUAACCGAAAGUCAGACCUGAACAUGCAUCAGAGAAUUCACACAGGUGAGAGACCAUAUGGAUGUAAAGAAUGUGGAAAAGCUUUUAAGUUAAAGUCACACCUCAGCAAGCAUCAGAGAAUUCGCACAGGUGAGAGACCAUAUGGAUGUAAAGAAUGUGGAAAAGCUUUUAACCAAAAGUCAGACCUCAGCAUGCAUCAGAGAAUUCACACGGGUGAGAGACCAUAUGGAUGUAAAGAAUGUGGAAAAGCUUUUAACCAAAAGUCACACCUCAGAAUGCAUCAGAGAAUUCACACAGGUGAGAGACCAUAUGGAUGUAAAGAAUGUGGAAAAACUUUUAACCAAAAGUCACACCUCAGCAUGCAUCAGAGAAUUCACACAGGUGAGAGACCAUAUGAAUGUAAAGAAUGUGAAAAAGAUUUUAAUCAAAAGUCACAGCUCAGCAUGCAUCAGAGAAUUCACAGAGCUGAGAAGCCACAUUAAUUUAAAGAAUGUGGAAAAGCUUUUAACCAAAAGUCACACCUCAGAAUGCAUCAGAGAAUUCACACAGGUGAGAGACCAUAUGGAUGUAAAGAAUGUGGAAAAACUUUUAACCAAAAGUCACACCUCAGCAUGCAUCAGAGAAUUCACACAGAUGAGAGACCAUAUGGAUGUAAAGAAUGUGGAAAAACUUUUAACCAAAAGUCACACCUCAGCAUGCAUCAGAGAAUUCACACAGGUGAGAAACCAUAUGGAUGUAAAGAAUGUGGUAAAGCUUUUAUCCAAAAGUCACACCUCAGCAUGCAUCAGAGAAUUCACACAGGUGAGAGACAAUAUGGAUGUAAAUGUGGAAAAGCUUUUAAUCAAAAGUCAGACCUUAGUGGGCAUCAGAGAAUUCAUGGAGGUGAGAAACCAUAUGAGUGUAAAGAAUGUGGAAAAGCUUUUAAGUUUAAGUUAUACCUCAGCAGGCAUCAGAGAAUUCACACAGGUGAGAGACAAUAUGGAUGUUACAAUGGACUUGAGGAGGAUCCUGCACACCACACUUGUCAGGUCUUCCUUCAACUGGAUGAAAGGGGUGGCAUAGGAAGGUGCAGUGGGGGAAGAAAUGGGACAGGUGGAGGAGAGACAACAGGUAGUGGACAGACACAGAAAGAAGGUGAAGAGGACAAGAGUCUACAUUUGUUGGGUGUGACAGGUGCUCUAUGCCCACCAAUGCUGCUAUUGCUGCAGGUACUGGUGGUGCUGGAUGGUAGCCUCCAGGAGCUCCUUGGCUGCCUUGCAAUAGCUGCCUGUGGGCUGGUG